UCGGUUUCACUAACGCAGUCCUAAUCUGCCUCGUUAACCCGUGCUGAUGAAAUGGCGACAGGAGGAGGCGGAGGAGGCGGAGGAGGCGGUCCCAUGAGCGGGGGAACCACGCGCUUGGACCGCCUCCUCACCUUGCUCGAUACAGGUUCUACGGCCGCGACGCGGCGCGCCGCCGCCAAACAGAUUGGAGAGAUUGCUAAGCAACAUCGGGGGGAAUUCCACCAUCUCCUUCACAGGUUAUGGCCGCUAUUGAGGAGUCGGAGCUGGGAUACACGUGUCGCGGCGGCGCAGGCCGUCGGAGCUAUCGCCCAGAACGUACCCCAUGUCAGUGUGGAGGACCUGGCGGAAGUCGCAGAGAAGGCCGUGCGGAAGGCAGGGUUGUCGGUCAAUCGGGUGGCAGAAGUGAUGGCUUGCCUGCGCGAGGAGACGUAUGGGGAUGCGUCCACGUGUCAGGAGGGGAAGGGCAGGGAGAUGGAGGGGGGGUCUACUAUGGUUGUUGCUGCUGAAGGUGUGGGUGUGCGGCGACAGGAGGAUAAGCAGGACGAGAGUGCUGGCGGGAAGGACGGGGAUUCGCAGAUUACCCCACUUUUGUCGUUUUCCAGUUUUGAUGUGGUGAGGGUUUUGGACUACGGCGCGCCUCUUCUGUCUUCAGGGGGACAAGAGUACGAUGUAAUUAUUGACACGAGCAAGACCCCUGCGGAGCGGCUUUCUAAUCAACGGAUGAAUCUCCGCCGUCGAUUAGGUCUGGAGCAUUGCGAGCAGUUCGUGGAUAUCAAGGAUAUGAUCAACGACGAAGAUCUGAUUGAUCGGGAAUUGAUGGGGACCAUGAUUGCAUCGGGGGGGGGAAGAGGGUCUUCUUCUUCUUCUUGUUCAACCGCAGCAGCAGCAGCAGGAGGGGGAGGAGGAGGAGGAGGAGGAGGAGGAGGAGGAGGGAAGAUUAUAGGUAUGGGUAAGGGUAUGGGUGCUUCUUUCGAACAACAGCAGAAGGGUUUGAGCGCGCGGGAGAGAAACAAGCUUAAGCGGAAAGCGAAGGAGAUGGUCAAAGAGGGGGGAGGAGGGGGAUUGUCGUCUUCUGGACGGAGUCUGGAUAUGGGUGCUUCAUCUUGUGCAGGGGAGGGGAGAGGAGGAGGAGGAGGAGGUGGUGGUAGGCAAGCUGCCAAGCGGCUAAAGAACACGAAGACGAUGGUGACGGAACAGCCACAGGAAGACAACAAGCUGGUGAUGGAGGUGGUGCUUGAUGAUGAUGAUGCUGGCGAUGGCGGCGCAUGGCAAGCUGGGAAAUGGCCGUUGGGUUCGUUCUGCGAUGCGCUCUUGCAUGGCGUCUUCGAUCCCGUGUGGGAAGUUCGACAUGGGAUGAUCAUGGCUCUUAGAGAGCUGCUGAGCAGUCAUGCCAGCUCGGCUGCUGUGACAGCACCUCCUCCCCCUCCCCCUCCCCCUCCCUCCUCAUCUCCCCCUCCCCCUUCCCCUCCCCCUCCAUACAAGAAAGCAACUCCGUUCUCGCUUACCGAUUCUUCUUCUUCGCAGUUGACCGUUGUGCCAUCAACCGACUCGAGGUCGAUCGCUGAUCCCGGGUGUCAGAUCGUAGACAGCAGCAAUCCUCCCUCUCCCAUUGCACCCCCUCCUCCUCCUCCUCCUCCUCCUAGCGCUACCACUGGUGCUGCCGUAACGAUGUGGAACAGUACCCCAGGGGGUGAUGGGUCCAUGAAUGUUCACCCGGCUAUCGUGCAGACCGGUGGUCCGACGGCGUUGGCCAAGGGGAGCGAGGACGCGCGCCCAUCGUUCGGAGGUCGGGAUCCCAAUCAGACGGCAGAACUUUCUGCCCAACCACUUGCCACCCCCGCCCCCCUUGGGAGGAGGGGGUUGCAGCCCAAUCAAGCCUGCAUUGAGGCGGCCGUAGCGAGGUCGGCUAUGGCGGCAAACGCUCCGGCUGCCUGCUGUGCUAUGGACCGCUUCUCUUCCCAACUGGAUUUCGAACCGGCGGCGGCGGGAAGAGCGGCUGUUGGUGGCGGCGACUUGCAGUGUGCACAGCAGGUUACCUGCAGUGAAAUAGAGCGCCAGGGUCCUCGUCCUCCCUAUCAACCGGUUUGGCGACUCGAUGCAGAUGACACCAAACUUGCGCGUGCACGUCUUCUUCUUGCGAGUGAAGCGUCGAACAGAUGGAAGUCUGAUGAUGAUGGCGGAAGAGGAGAAUCUGGGUGCGAAAGAGAGGCUCAGAAUGCGCGCCAAGUGGCGGUUAUCGAGGACAAAGGAUGGGCAGAAUCACGUCGGGAUCGGGAUGGCGGCGGCAUUGCUGCUGCAGUCCCUUGCGCAGAAAUAGUGGCGGGAGGAGAGGGUAUGAAGAGACCUGCGGCUAUGCAGGCAGCAGAUGUGAAGUCAGAACCGCUGGAUUCGAUCGAGCUCCCUCGCGAUAGGUCCGGGGAUCGAACCCCAGUUGCCGUAGACAGCUGUAGUCAUCUAGAUGUUCUUGGCAGAUUGAAGGCCGAUGGAGGAGGAGGAGGAGGAGGAGGGGGAGGGGGAAUGGCGGGGGAUCUAUGUUCAGCAAAGGGGGCUGAAGAGGUACGGGGUUUGCAGAGAGGGAUUUGCAAGGAUGAGGCUUUACGUGAGGACUUCGCCUCCUCCUCCUCCUCCUCCUCCCUUGUCCAGCGAGCAGCGUCUGGUGUCAGCAAUCGAUCGUCGUCUCUCUUCUUGCCCGACUCCUCCGUGAUUGGCAACGACGAUCCUGCGCUGGGUAAUUGCAUCGAAGCAGCGAUCCGAGCGAGAAGAGCCAAUCAGGCUUGGCUGCAGGAUUGUGCGAUACGGCUGCUCUGCGUCUUUGCGCUUGACCGGUUCGGUGAUUACGUGUCGGACCAAGUGGUGGCGCCGGUGAGAGAGAGUUGCGCGCAGGCGAUCGGGGUGGUCAUGAAACACGUGUCACGUAGACACGUCUUCGAGGCGCUUGAUGUGCUGCUCAGAAUGCAGGGGAGUUCUGAGUGGGAGGUCCGGCAUGGCAGUCUUCUGGGAAUCCGGUACCUUGUUGCAGUGAGGGAUGAUAUGGUCCAUGACCUUCUGCCACGUGUCCUGCCUGCUGUGAUGAAAGGGCUGAGGGAUGCAGAUGACGAUGUCCGAGCCGUGGCUGCAGAUGCACUGGCGCCUGCCGCCGGCGCCAUUGUCAAGCAAGGAAGACAGUGUGUGCAGCAGAUUUUGCGGGCUUUAUGGAACAUUCUCAUGGAUCUUGACGACUUAAGUCCAUCUACGAGCAGUGUGAUGAACCUGUUGGCAGAGCUAUACUCUCAGCCGGGUGUGGUGGUGCCUGGGGAUUCCGGAGUGCUGUCAUCUUCUUUGAUUGACCUCAAUAACCAGCCACAGAGUGAAGGGUAUGAUGAGGAUCUGGUCGGGGAUGAGGAUGACAACCUGGCAGAAGAUCAGCUGACGUCGCUGGCUGACCUGGCACCUCGGUUGUUCCCCUUUCUGCGGCACACGAUCUCUGCUGUCCGGCUUGCUGCAGUCCGCACCUUGGAACGCUUGCUGAUGACCGGGGAGCACGGGGCGCAAGCGAGAGGUGGGGACAGGAUGGGAGGAGAGGAGGGGGCCGGAAUGGGUGGUUAUGGGAGAAGUUGUGCAGCUCCCUCGUGGGCUGUUGCCAUACUGCCUGGAGCUCUCCGGCUGGUAUUCCACAAUCUGCUGCUGGAAAGAGAGGAAGCAAUGGUGAGCUACUCGCAGCGAGUGUGGCGUCUGCUGCUUCAGUGUCCCCAGUCUGCCGUAGUUGCAGCGGCGUGGCAGUGGGUCGGCGAAUGGUUCAAACUUGCGUCCACGCCUGCUGGGACGGAGCUGGACACCAGUUUACCCUUAGAAACGACGUCAAAGAAAGGCCUUUUGGGGAAACCGGGAGCUGCCGGGCGUGGGAGAGGCUCAGCGAAAGCGGAGUCAGAAUUGGCAGCUGCUGCGUUCGCCGGGGAUGAUAGUGUGUCUUCUGCAAAGCCUGCUGGUAUGAAGGUAGGGGUUGACGGACAGGCUGCAGCUGUGCAGAUGAGGGUGGCCACGUCAGAGGCUCUGGGAGUGCUCGCCGCGGUCUGGCCGGAACAGAAGCUUGGCAUGAUCAUCAACCCGCUGGGUGAUUUGCUCAGUUCUGUCAGUGCGACCUCUCGACAGGUGGCGGCAAUGGUAAUGGUGGUUUGGUUUAGAGAGAGGAGAAGCAGAGCACCACUGGUUAUCCCGAGCAGCUCUCCUGGUGCAGCAGCAGUUCCAGCGUGCCAGUGGCCCGAGGCUCUCCAACAGCAGCGUCAAAGAAUGUUUGCGCUUCUGAGCUGCGCGGCGGAUGCCUCCCAACCCACUCCUGGAAUGAGUACGCCUUAUGCAGAGAUGGCUAGGGUGUAUGCGAAGAUGAGAAGCGAAGUUGCUGGAUUGGUGAGAAGUGCAGACAUGGUUGGAAUCCCAAGGAGCAUGUAUGGUGGGGACGCCUGCGUGCCAGAGAGCCUCGGAGUCGACUCUGCUAUCUCGUUCGCAGUGGCAGUUCCCAAGGCAGAGUUCUUGGGACACGCAAGCGCUGUGCGAGGCAGUUCCUCAUCUCAAGGCCGCCAUGAUGUGCUCGAAAGCGCACGGCAAAAACUGCUUUCAACAGCAGGCUACUUGCGCUCAGUGCAGUUCAAUCUCCACACAAGUGUGCUUGCUUCUGUGGCUGGUGCUGUUGUCUGGAUGGGCGAGCUACCGAUGAAGCUCAACCCUUUUGUGCAGCCUCUUAUGGCGGCCAUCAAGCGAGAGAUGGAAGCGUCUCUGCAGCUGCGUGCGGCUUUGGCCUUGGCUGAGUUGGUUUCACAAUGCGUAUGCCGAAAGCCUAGUCCGAACGAUCGCAUUGUCAAGAACAUAUGCACAUAUGUGUGUGCUGACCCUGUUGAAACGCCGCAGGUGCUGGAUUCUGGGCCAGGGGAGAUGGGGGGGGAUCAAGAUGCAGAUCAAGACCAGCUGAGAGAGAAAGGUGGCGCGUCGUUGACUGCGGACAGAAGGAGAGAAGGCACGGGAGUUGUGGAAGAACGAGCAAGGAUCGAAGGCGCCAUCACGAGGAGAGGCGCUGAGUUCUCACUCAAAGCAUUCUGCGACAGAUUUCCAGGGCAGGUCUUUGAGGUGCUUCCCAAACUCUGGGAAUGCAUGACCGAGAAACUUGGACCUGGCACGUGGAGGGGCGCUGGAACGGAACGCGACCACAAUGGAGUAGGAUCAUGGGUGGAUGCUCCGCUGCCGGAGCUUAACGGCUCCCCUCGGGACCUCGUACAGUGUCUUCAGGUUGUCCGAUCGCUUGCACCAGCCGUGCAUCCCUCACUGCACGAUAGGAUGUUAUGUCUUUUGCCGCCGGUCUUCGGGUGCGUGAGGCAUCCUCACUUUGCAGUUCGCAAGGCUGCUGCAAACUGCAUUGCAUCGCUUGCAUGCAUGGCGAAGGAGGUGGUAAUGGCAAUGGUCUUGUUGCGUGUGGUGCCGAUGCUGGGUGACAUGUCCUGCCUGCCAUCACGGCGUGGGGCCGCAGUGACGAUCUCAGCGCUGGUGGAGGUCAUGGGCUCACAGUUUGUACCGUAUGCGGGUCUGCUUGUCGUGCCUCUUCUUACAACAAUGGCAGACCCGAAUGCAAGUGUGAGGGAAAGUGUUACACACAGUUUUGCUACUCUUGUGCCUCUUCUGCCUCUGGCCCGAGGGAUGGGACCACCUCCGGGGCUGAGCGAGGCUCAGCUGUCGCAGAGUGCGGAAGACUCCAGGUUCCUGGAACAACUGCUGGACAACUCGCGGAUUGAGGAUUACCGUUUGCCGGUCGCAAUCAAUGGUACCUUGAGAAGGUAUCAGCAGGAGGGGAUAAACUGGCUGGCAUUCCUGAAGCGUUUCAAAUUGCACGGGAUCUUGUGCGACGACAUGGGCCUUGGAAAAACGCUCCAGGCAACGGCAAUCAUGGCAUCGGACACGGCGGAGCGGAGAGCUGCUGCUGUGCGCCAGCAGAGACCGGACGUGGCCUUGGUGCCCUCUCUUGUUGUCUGUCCUUCGACGCUGGUUGGGCACUGGCAGUAUGAGAUCCAAAAGUUUGUUGGUGAUGAUGUCCUGUCACCGACGCAGUACACAGGGCAUGCUCACAACAGACUCCAGUUGCGGUCUAUGCUCGGUAAGCAUAACGUCAUCAUUUGCGCUUACGACGUCUUGAGGAAAGAUGUCGAGUUUCUCGAGAAGGUGGUAUGGAACUACUUGAUUCUUGACGAAGGGCAUAUCAUCAAGAGCACAAAGUCGAAGAUCACGCAGGCCGUGAAGCGAAUUUGCGCAGAACAUCGGCUCAUCUUGAGUGGAACACCGAUUCAGAACAAUGUGUUGGAGCUCUGGUCGCUGUUUGAUUUUCUGAUGCCGGGCUUUCUGGGGACCGAGCGGCUGUUUCAGGCAACAUAUGGGAAGCCCUUGGUUGCUGCAAGGGAUCCGAAGUGCACUGCGAAGGAGGCCGAAGCAGGUGUAUUGGCGAUGGAGGCGCUGCACAGACAGGUGAUGCCAUUCUUGCUGCGUCGAACCAAAGACGAUGUCUUGGCAGAUCUUCCGCCAAAGAUCAUCCAGGAUCGGUACUGCGAUCUCAGUCCACUUCAGCUUCGGUUGUACGAGAACUUCUCGCGAUCCAGGGCAAAGAAGGAGGUCACGGCUUUGGUAGAAGCGUAUGGCUCGGAUCCUGCUCUCGAUGAAAGUCACAGCAAGCCCUCUUCUGCACAUGUAUUCCAGGCAUUGCAAUACCUGCGAAAGCUCUGCAGCCAUCCCUUGCUGGUGUUCGAUGAAACAAACCCGGAUCACGUGGCGGCACUCAGGUCCGAGGCGGUCACGGCGUCGGUGAACGGGGGGGGGCUGCCUCCGUCGGCGGUGUCGACGCUGGGACUUCACGAACUGUGCCAUGCUCCCAAGCUUUUGGCUCUGAAGCAGAUUCUUGAAGAAUGCGGAAUAGGUGUGGACGGUGCGGGUGGAGGAGGAUCGUCUUGCCUUCCUGGGAGCGGAGGGGAUGCAUCCGGGCUUUCGGGAUUGCCAUCCAGAGUGGACGCUGUCGAUGGGAGUGGCCAUCACAGGGUGCUGGUAUUUGCGCAGAUGAAGGCGCUGCUCGAUAUUAUAGAGAAAGACCUUUUCAAGCUCCACAUGAAGGGGGUCACCUAUAUGCGGCUCGAUGGGUCUGUCGAGCCGGCGAAGCGCUUUGAAGUGGUCCGCACAUUCAAUGCGGACCCGACGAUCGACGUGCUGCUGCUUACGACACAGGUCGGAGGACUCGGACUGAACUUGACCUCUGCCGAUACUGUUGUAUUUAUGGAUCACGACUGGAACCCGAUGCGUGAUCUGCAGGCAAUGGACCGGGCCCAUCGGCUGGGACAGAAGCGAGUAGUGAAUGUUCACAGACUGAUCAUGAGGGGCACGCUCGAGGAGAAGAUAAUGGGUCUGCAGCGAUUCAAACUGAACAUCGCGAACACAGUUGUGAACUCGGAGAACGCGAGUCUGAACUCGAUGGACACGGGUCAGCUCCUCGAUCUAUUCACUGUUGCGACGGGUCCGGCUGCCGCGAAGACGGCGACAAGAGGCAGGCCGCGAGCGCGUGAUGAGCGAGACAAUGACAGGGAUACAUCGGAGGGCGGCGAAGGAUCUGGCGGGGACGGUAACUCCUCGCACACAGCAAGGCCGAUGAAAGGGAAAGCAAGAGGUCUCAAGUCGAUGCUCAACGGGCUCGAGGAGCUGUGGGAUGAGACUCAGUACUCAGAGGAGUAUAAUCUCAAACAGUUUUUGGAAAAGUUGAAUAGCCAAGGAGAAGGAUGAAUAGCUAAGGAGAAGGACGGAUAGCUAAGGAGAAGGAUUCCUUCCUAACUUGGCUACUGUAGAAAGCAGUGUAUUUGUAUUUUUUCCUCUUAAUUUCUUCUAUUUUGCUGGGGAGAGGCUGGCAGGACGGUCCUAGCCAGAGCAGUGGGAAGAGUGAAGGCAGGGGGAGGUGCGCGGGGGGCGGGGCGGAAUGCCAUUCUUUGCAUACUGUCUGCUGCUGGCCGUAUGCCGGAAUGAUGCUUGAGCGUGUAGCACCAUUCGCUUUCAGAGAUGUUGGUGUUAUGCGUCCAUGCGAUAUAUCUAUCGCCUUUUUUCAUCUUCAUGUGUUCUUUCAUCUUUUUUCGUCUUUUUUGUGUCGGACUUGUAAUCUCCUUUUGAAGUUUGUGUAUGUUUCCUUUACGUUAGCAAGCUCUGGCAGGAAGGAAAGAGAGUUGUUUUACCAAAGGGUCUUUUUUUCUCAGUUGAGCUUUUCAAAUAAACUUUUCAGAUAAACUUUUCAAAUACGUUUGCUUAGCUGCGUUCAUGGAAAAAGUAAACGUGCUAUUCAUUC